AUGGGUAUUGGGAAGUCUAAAAUAGAUCCGUGCCCUCUCUCUCUCUCUUGGAAUAAAAGCCCCAGUGUGGAUACAAGUCCACAGCAUCCUGAACCAAAGGCUAAGAAAUCAGAAGAAAUCCCUCUCCAUGUUAAGGCCAAACAAAGCAGUUCAGCAAAGGAAACAACAGGGGAGCAGAAGGGAGCUGAGACAAGGGAAGAGACGUCUGAAGAGGAGACAGAAGAUGAAGUGUUCUUCAAAUUUGUGAUACUUCAUGCGGAAAGUGACAUAAAUGAAGCCCUCAGGGUUCAGGAUCUGCUACAAGAUGGCUUUGGUAUCAAGCCUGGAAUAAUCUUCGCUGAGAUGCCGUGUGGCAGACAGCAUUUACAGAAUUUGGAUGAUGCUGUAAAUGGGUCAGCAUGGACUAUCUUACUAUUGACUGAGAACUUUUUAAGAGAUACCUGGUGUAAGUUCCAGUUCUACUCAUCCUUAAUGAACUCUGUCAACAGGCAUCACAAAUACAACUCUGUCAUACCCAUGCGGCCACUGAACAAUCCCCUGCCCCGAGAAAGGACCCCCUUUGCUCUUCGAACCAUCAAUGCUCUAGAGGAAGGAAGUCGUGGCUUUCAUAUCCAAGUAGAAAGAAUUUUUCAGGAGUCUGUGUAUAAGACCCAACAAAGUCUAUGGAGAGAGACAAGAAAUGUCACUGAGACAAAGCACACUACUCAUGACUGGCUCUUGUAA